AUGUCGAGUCCUAUUACUGGGGGUAUGGUUGAAUCCACUUUGUUGGAAGCGUUUAGAACAGCUGAAGUUGAAGAAUUUCAACAGGCUAUGAUAUUUAGUCUGCAAAUUAGACGUCUGGAUCAUAUUUGUCACGUGAGGGAUAGGGAAUUCCAGGUAACUACAACUGCCAUCGCCUUGCUGUCAACUAUCGGACAAGGGACCUUUUCUGUUGUGAAACGGGGAUUAUGGCGUCAUCCAUCUGGUGGUAAAGUGGAUGUUGCUCUGAAAAUUCUUCGAGGUGUAUCACAGUCCAUUAUGGACGAACUCCUAGUGGAAGCAAGUCAUUUGCUUAAGCUGCAACAUAACAAUGUCAUUCGACUCUACGGUAUUGUUGACAAUCCGAAAAUGCUGGUUUUUGAGUUGUGUGAAGGCGGUGAACUUCUUACUCGUCUACGAGAUGCUUCGAGACCGGCUCCUUUACUGACCACUCUUUUCGGUUACUGUCUUCAAAUUGUGAAAGCACUUGCAUUUCUGGAAAGUAAACAAUAUGUCCACAGAGAUGUUGCAGCGAGAAAUAUUUUGCUUACCAGAAACGAGAAGGUCGUCAAACUCUGUGAUUUUGGAUUGAUGAGAGCCCUCAAGGAGAAUGAAAGGACGUACAUCAUGCAUUCGCAGAAUCGAGUGCCGUUCUCGUGGUGUCCCCCAGAGGCGCUACGCUACCGCAGGUUCUCACAUGCUUCUGACGUAUGGGCUUUUGGCGUCACAUUAUGGGAGAUUUUCAGUUAUGGAGAAGACCCAUGGAUUGGUUGUCGAGCAAUAGAUGUGUUGAGGCGCUUAGAGGCAGGAGAGCGUCUUGAGAAACCACGUACCUGUUCUAAACAGAUCUAUGAUCUGUUAUGCUCAUGUUGGCAUAUCAACCCAGAUCACCGUCCGAAAUUCACUAUGUUAAGGAGACUAUUACUGGCAGUAAGUAGGAAGGCGAGUCGUAUAACUAAAAGUGGAGAUGAAAGUUGUUAA